AUGAACGCUCUUUGUCGCUCUUUAUCUUCUUUUGCGUUUACUCUGCAGUUGGGAAAAACAGAGAAACUAAGCAAGGAUCAGAUACUACCGUCGCAGUCACUGACAAAUAUUAUGGUAUUGCUGGGUAUAAUAAAAGACAUGAUGCAUUUCAUACUGCAUAGCGUAUACUGUGAAAAGUUCUAUAUAGCGGUAGAAAAAGCAGAGACCGCAUGUGUGAAGCAAAUGAUCAAUGUAAACCGUUCAUAUGCGGAAAAGAAGACAUGUAAAAAUAUACAGCGAUUCCAUGAUAUGAACUUUAGCAAUCUCGAAAUAUUUGGCCUAUUUUCUAUAGACGCCAAGUCGCCCUUAGCACUGUUUGGUUUACUUGCGAACUAUACUUUGAUGCUGUAUUACGUGAUAGAAAUAUUCACUCAUACUUUGAUCUACCUUCAAGUUAAUAUAGAAAUGUUAUCCGUUCAACUCUUGAAUUCUAACCACUUCAACGCAACCAAAAUUCAAUUUUCAACAUUCUCAGUAUACGGUUGGGUUUUCAAGAAUUUGAUGUGGCAAACUCUUUUGUGUUAUGAAUGUGAGAAGUUUUACACAGCUGUUGACAACGUAAAGGACACGUGUUCAUUUGUAAUCAAUGUCAACUGUCCAGAAGAUCAGAGAAAGCUAUGCAAGAACGUGAUGCGCUUGCUGCGGGCAUCGUUUAGCAAGGUCAGCGCGUGUGGACUGUUCAACAUUGACGCCGCGUUGCAUGUGGCGCAUGUUACUUUGCUCACAAACCAUGCCAUUAUACUGCUGCAGUUUACUUUCUUGUAG